AUGGAUAUCGCCUACGAUCAUAUUUUAGAGGAGUCAUACUCUAACAAAGAGGGAGCCUCCGACUCUAAGCCCCAGGAACCUAACCCCAACCUCAACGAUGAGCUACAAGAGACUUUCCGCGCCUUCUCCAACAGUCCGUGGGGCUCCCGAAUUGGAGGACUAUGGGACAAUGUACGCAAACAAGGAGAAACAUACUACGAGGGUGCUCGCCAGGAGUAUGCAGCUGCUAGCGAAGAAGCUGUGAAAGGAUUUUCAGAUCUUAGGGAAACACUCGCCGACCGGACAAAGGGGCUGUCUCUCAGCACAGCUUCUGUGACGGGCAGUGGCGAGGGACAAAGUGAUGAAACCGCCACACCCAAGGCUGUUGUAGAAGGAGAAUCCAGCGACAAGGGAGAAGGCGCUGGCGUUAGUGGAGAAAGCUUUAUUGCUCGGUUGAAGGCGGAAGCCGCUCGGCGGCUGAAGGAGAUUGAGAAGGCCGAGGAAGCAGCCGAUGAAGCGAUCUUACGAUUCGGGUUGAACAUCGGCCAGAAGCUGCGCGAGGCCGUCAGUAUUUUACCUCCCGAUGCCGAUCAGUCCGGCAAGCUUCUUUUCGAGAGCAAGGAUGCUGAGGGAAAGCGGGUUAUUCAUGCUACACGGUUCGAGGCACAGUUGCACGUCAUUCAUUCAAACCUGGAAAGCUUUAGCAAGGACCCGGUCAGCGACGAGUGGCCUGCGUUCAAAAAGGAGUUCAAUGUUGAAAAGAAGACGGACGAGAUUGCGGCUGAUCUGGAGAAAUACCCCGAGCUCCGUUCGGCCAUGGAGAAACUCGUGCCGGAGCAGGUGGAAUACGUGGAAUUUUGGACUCGUUACUACUUCUUGCGUCUCGUUGUGGAGACCGAGGAGAAGAAGCGCAAGGAACUUUUGAAGGGUGCCAAUGCCGAAGAAGAAGAAGAAGUCGGCUGGGACGACGAUUCCGACUCUGAGUCCCAGUCUCCUUCUACUCCGCAGGUCCCCUCUGGAGCCCAGAGUCUCGCUCCCACCAAAGAGACCCAGAAAACCGAGCCUCGCAGGUCACACGACCUGCAAUCCCAAGCCGACAGCGAAUCCAGCUACGAUGUUGUGAGUGGCGCUGCUAGCCGCACACCUGGCAGCCCCAAGGAGAAGAGCCCCACCGCUGCGAAGGCGGACGAGAGCGACGAAGAUUGGGAGUAA